AUGUCCGGCACCAUUUCCAUCAGCCAGAUAAUCACCAGUCUUCCUAAUCCUCACACAUUUACUGAUAGCGGUCCGCCUUACACUGUCUGGUGGACCGCGCAGGACGGCUCUGGCGAACCCUCGCUCGUUAUCACGGCCACUGGCAACGAUCUCAAUGCCCUCACAGUACACGCCACCAGCGACCCCGAGGCCGCGGUCAUGGACACAGCCACGACUAAAUCCAGCGCCGGCGGGGGGGCCGAAAACAUCUCGGCCACGUCCACCUCUCCCCCCAGCGAGCCGGCAGAGACAAUAACCGACAGGCCCACGGCAGACCCGGACCCCUCCGGGAGGUCCUCAGGCACUAGCACCGGGGCCCUCGCCGGCGCGGCCAUCGGCUGCCUCCUGGGUGGCCUCAUUAUAGGCGCCCUGGUCACCUUUCUCAUCGCCCGCCGCAUCCGCCGCAAGCAGCGGGAAAGCGAUGAGCGGCGCCAGCACCUUGUCCCCUCCGUCAGCGACAAGCUGGACUCCACGCGCGGUCCCGCCCCCGAGUCCAGCGUCAACACGACGGCAACGUCGACCGACGCCCAGCUCGCCAACGUGCUCCUCGACGCCACGCCCGACAAGGACCUCGAGAUGGAGCUCCGAGCCCUGGGCGACCUCGUCCGCCUCCACGUCGACAGCAACUACCACACCCAGCCCGUCCAGCUCGACCCUUCGAUCCUGUCCCACCACCUCUACGAUCUGGGCUUCCCUGGCGAUGCGGCCGCCCGCGUGUCCACGCUGUGCCUCGACCCCCGGACCCGGUCCACGGCGCUCGUCCACAUCAUCUCGGCCAUUGCGCUCCGCAGCAUCGACAUGCGCUCCCCCGGCGCCCCAUCCCUGCUGCCCAGCCCCGUAGCCGACUUGGUCAACUCGGCGGCCCGGCCCCACGGCACAGACAAGGAAUUCCCCCGAGCCCUCACCAAGUGGCGUGUGCUCUCGGCGUAUCUCCUCCACCCGCACCGUGCGGAGCGGACGCCUCUAGCCCCUCCGGAGCCCGCGACAGACCACCAGGUCCACCAGCUCGUCUCGGCCCUUAACGCCGCGCUGUCGCCCUUUGCCGCUCACGGCGACGCCCAGAUCAGCCACCUCCGCGCCGUCCUGCACGACUUUGCCAGGUACGGCUGCCUGCUGCUGUCCCAGCCUAGCGAAUGGGGUCUCGUCUACGGUGUCGGCCUCGAGGGCCCGGAGCGCAACCAGCUCGGCGUCCGGGCUGGACUGCAGAAGCUGACGAGGCGCGACGGCCGUCCCUACGAGGCGCCGCAGACGGUCACGUAUCCGGAGACGCAGGCAGUCGCAUAG